GGAGUCUUUGUAAGAGUGAAAUUAAUAAAAUAUGUAAUAACUUGAUACAACUAUCGUGUACAGGACGUGUGUAUUUAUCCUAGACCGGGCCCAGAGAUAGAGCCAGCCUUCUCACCGGCACACGUCUUGUCCAAGAGUAAAUUUAAAAGAUGAAGUUCCUAACAGCAGCAGUGUUAGUAGCCGUGCUGGCAUCAGCAUCGGCCGUGUCUUUCUUCUCUGUUGUACUGGAAGAGUGGGAGGCAUUCAAGCUUGAGCAUGGCAAGAAAUAUGAUACAGAUGUGGAGGAAUCUUUCCGUAUGAAAAUCUUCACAGAGAACAAGCACCUUAUUGCUGCCCAUAACAAAUUGUAUGCAACAGGACAAAAACCUUACAGGCUCAGAAUGAACAAGUAUGGUGAUAUGCUUCAUCAAGAAUUUGUCUCAACAAUGAAUGGUUUCCGGUGGAAUCAUACUGGAAGUUACAAGUCUAGCCGUCUGUACACUGGUGCCUCCUUCAUUGAACCUGAUGAUGAUGUAGUAUUGCCCAAGGCUGUUGACUGGAGGGAUAAGGGAGCAGUUACCCCUGUUAAAGACCAGGGACAGUGUGGAUCAUGUUGGUCAUUCUCAGCUACUGGUGCACUUGAAGGGCAGCACUUCCGCCAGACUGGAAAGUUGGUGAGUCUCUCUGAGCAGAACUUGAUUGACUGUUCUGUGAAGUAUGGAAACAAUGGUUGCAAUGGAGGACUCAUGGACUAUGCCUUCCAGUACAUCAAAGAUAAUGGUGGAAUUGACACUGAAGGUUCCUAUCCUUAUGAGGGAGAGGAUGACAACUGCCGCUAUAACCCACGUGAAUCUGGUGCUGAAGACAAAGGUUUUGUUGACAUUCGAGAGGGAAAUGAACAUGCCUUGAAGAAAGCUGUUGCCACUGCUGGACCAGUUGCAAUUGCCAUCGAUGCUUCUCACCAUUCAUUCCAGUUUUAUCACCAUGGUGUUUAUGAUGAACCAGAGUGCAGCUCAGAACAACUAGACCAUGGUGUGUUGGCUGUAGGUUAUGGAACAUUAAAUGGGACAGACUACUGGCUGGUGAAGAACUCAUGGAGUACAACAUGGGGUGAUGAAGGAUACAUCAAGAUGCGUCGUAACCAUCACAACCAGUGUGGUGUUGCUUCUGCAGCCUCUUUCCCACUUGUGUAAAUAACUACAUUGCUCUUUAAUAUUCCUACAUAUAAUGGGGUAAGCAAGGCCCAAAAUCCCCUUCAAAUUUAAAAUUUGUUAUACAGCAAUAGUUUUUUAUACAUGGUUGAACAAAUACUAGUUUAGAUGAAAGACAGACUUUUUAAUUUUUUUUAGCUGGUACUGUACAUGUUAUCCAUGUAGAUCUAUUUUUCAUAGUGUUCAUAGUAUAACGGCAAUUAAACUAAAAAUCUGUAGAAUUUCAGAUUAAAUUAUGACAAUGCCAGAGUUCAUGCUAAUGUAGAAAUGUAUCCUAUAUUAUUUCAAAUGAUUUCUGAAACAAUAUUUACUGUCAAUGAAAUGGUGGAUUUAAAGUUACAAUUUUAUUUAGGUGUGACAUCUCAUAGGUGAUCAUUUGGUGGUAGUCAACCUUGCAUUCAAGAGAAACAAUUCAUAUCCGGGAAUUGCAUUUAUUUAUUUUCUUCAUUAAUUGCCCUGAAUAUUAUACUACCCUGUAUAUAUAUUAAGGUUGCUUGGAGUUAUCUUCUGUUGGCAAAUUGGUUGAGCAUAAGAUAUCUUAAACUUGUGUAGUUCUGAAUAUGAGUAACUUUCAUCCCCAAAUUCUACAAAAAUUACUGGAGGUUAGGUUACUUUAGAUGAAAGUUUGUACAAGUUCAGAGGACAAUUUUUUUUUUAAGCCAUGGAAUAAUGUGAUCUUUUCUUAAUAAACUUUUAUACACUU